GGGAGUAGAAAUAAAUCCUCUUUAUUACUUCUUCGACUGUUCGUCUUCUAUUGAAUUUGCAUAUAAAGGCUUCGAACAAGAACAGUUUCGUUUUCCGGCGAUUGGAUUUAGGGUUUUUGGUUUGCAAUUGUGAUCGGUUUCUUUAUUCGUCAUGGUUCUAUUACAGCUAGAUCCAUUUCUCAAUGAGCUUACCAGUAUGUUUGAGCGUAGUACAGAGACAGGAUCCGUUUGGGUUACUCUAAAGCGAUCAUCUAUGAAGUCAAAGGUGAAGAGGAAUAAGAUGUCCUCGGCUGGGGAAGACAUAGAGUAUAGAUGCCUUGUCCGAGCAACUGAUGGAAAAAAGACAAUCUCCACCUCGGUUGGAGCAAAGGAUCAUCAACGUUUCCAAGCGUCUUAUGCCACAAUUCUUAAGGCCCGGAUGACUACAUUGAAGAAGAGGGAUAGGAAAGAUAAGAGAAAGGCUGCCGAUAGGGAAAUCAAGCAAGAGAGCUCUAAGAAGCAGCAGUCUUCUACAUGAUUGUCACUUCUCCUUUGUUCAUUUUCUUUUUCUUCUUACUUUUUUUUUUCAAAUUGAUGAUGAGCAGAGAUUUUUUCUUGAUUUUCUUGGUUUAUUGUCUUUUUAUCAUUUAUAGAAUCAGAUGCUGCCCUGAGAUACAUUCUCAGCUUUUAUUUGUUUGAAAAGAAAACUUAGUUUUGAUAUACACAAUGUUUGAAGAGAAUGUUAUGGUUUUGAACAGCUUAUAUUUAUAGUGAAAUUUGUACUAUGUUCAA